AUGGUCCAAAAAGCAACCUCCUCCCAAUCCACCGCCUGGGGCGCCCUCCCCUCGGCCAAAGAAAUGGCCGCCCGCAAGAUCUCCUCCGUCUUCCUCAUGGCCGGGCUCCUGACCGUGAUAACGCCUUUCACGCCCUUCCAAUGGGUUCUCCCCGCCUCGGGACCCUCUUUACUCGAUGGUUUCCUCUCGCCUGUGCUCUACCUAGGUGCUAUUUUCUUUCAGUGGCGCGUCGCGGGGAUCGUGGGGAAUCUGGUGUGCGUGGUGCAUGAUGUGGGCUUUGUGUGGCAUCAUGGGAUGUAUUGGACGGCGGCGUUGGCGGAGGUGUGUGUGUGUCUGGGUGUGGGAAUGCUGCAACAUGAGGUUUUGAGACGGGUUGUGGCCGGGGGGUUGGUCGGGGGAUUGUGGUGGGUUGGGUGGUUUGCGACGCCGGAAAGUUAUAAAAGGCAGGGGUGGGAUAUGGUGAAGUGGGUUUGGACUGUGCUUGCUAUUGAUCAUGCGAGGAGUGCGUUGGGGGCGGGGGGGAGGAGGUCGAGGUAUUAG